GACAGAUGUCAGCUGUCUGGUAAACAUGAUUACAAAUCCCAAAGUACCACCAAACAUUGUUCUGCCACAACAACCACACAACUCAUUAACAUGGGGGUUAGUUCAUGAGACAAGUGCAAGGGAUGCUUACUUACGAGUUGAAAGGCACAAACACCACAAUAUAAAGUUAGUGUCUAAAGGCUUUCUCAUUUCAAAGAAGAGAAAAUUUCUUGGUGCCAGUCUCGACAACAUAAAGACAUGCCAGUGUUCCAGUAAUUGUCCAGAUGUUGUUGUCGAAUAUAAAUGUCCAUGGAAGCACAAAGAUAUGCAUCCCAAAAAAGCGUUUUUGACACCAGAAAUUGGUGGUAUUGAAAAAGAUAAGACCUUCUGUCUUACCAAAAGCAGUGCAUACUAUCACCAGAUCCAGGCACAAAUGUUUGUUUCUGAGCUUUUUCAUUGUGACUUUGUUGUUUGGACAAGUCAAGGAAUUUUUGUUCUGCCAGUAUCAUAUGAUGCUGCAUUUAUGGACCAUGUUUGCAAUCAGUUGGAAGCAUUUUGGAAAGCAGAAGUUCUCCCUUGUAUGAUGGCAGACUCAAACUUGAAUGUUGCUAACACAGUAACUGGGGACAAUCUAGAUACAAACAAAGAAACUGCACCUAGAGUUACAAACAACAAUGGGCAUUCAGUUUCCCCUAUGGUAACCCAAUUACCUUGCAAUGAACCUUGCAAUAUGCAAGUUAUGGAUUGUGAUGGGAACAAUUCCACUACAACAACAUCAUUCAAAUUUCACGGUAUUGAAGUGUAUGAGCAAGAUAUUACAACCCUCGAGCCAGGAAUGAUGCUUAAUGACACAGUUGUAACUGUCUUAUUUGAAGAACUUGCUUGUCCAUUCCCAGUCAUCGAUUCUCUUUUUUAUUCUGUUCUUUGUGGGGAACAAGAUGUAAGAAAAGCAACAAGCAGGUCUGAACGAAUCCUAUCAGCCCAACCAUUUUUCAAGGCAGAUAUUUUGAAAAAUGACUACAUAGUAAUUCCAAUCAACAGGAGGCUACACUGGUUACUAGCCAUCAUAACCCCAUGGCAUGUGCUUUUUUUGGACUCUUUAUCCUGGGAAAUUUCUAGCAAAAGAGCUGAAAUGAAGUAUUUAAUCAGUUAUUUAGAUCAUAUGUCUAAUAUAUCAGGGAAUCCCAAUAGAUGCACAAGUUUGAAAUGCCAUGUUCUAAAGGUUCCAAGGCAGGAUCCUCAUACUAACAACUGUGGGAUUUACAUAGCAAUGUUUCUCAGUAGCUUUGAAAAGGACAUUGAAAAAUAUGAGGAAAAUCCUGAUGAGUAUGUCAAAUUGACUCAUUGUUGGUUCACAGAAGAUGAAGCUGAAGAAAAUAGAACCAGGAUUAGAAACCAACUUACAGGACUGAGUUUAUUGGCAAAACAUAGAAAAUAAUUUACAGCUCAAGUCUACAGUAUUCUUCCUCCUUGUUUAUACAACUGGGCUGCAAAUUUACUAAUGCAGCACAAACAGCAAUUAUUGAGUUUACAUGAGGCUUCAUUGUU